AUGAAGAGAAACCACAUUACCGAGAUACAUUUGGCCACACGACUGAGAGUUUUUCAAACUGAAAACUUGUUUGACAAUUUCAGUAACACUUAUGUCGUCAAAAUAGAUGGAAUUACUGAUCGAACGAGUACAUAUUGUACUUUUGAAGAAACAUUUGCAUGCUUAUUGGAGGAAGAACAAAUAUUGGGGGAUGAUCCAACAAGCUCUGCUCUUAAAGUCCAGCUGCUGGCGUCCUUUUCGCUUCUUAUUGGUAAUGCUAACAGCAAAAAGGGCGAAAGCGAGUUCCUGGUGCUUAAACCAGAUGACCCGGCCGUCUUGGAGACUGUCCAUGCCACUGGGUUCAGAUGGCUGCAACAAAGUUUUAUGGGCCGAGAGCUUUCGCGACUUCCUUACGUUAAAAUUUUCCUGCGUCUGUUUUGCGCACUAUUACCGGUGGCAGGAGACCUUUUAAAGACCUGCGGCGAAGGUUACACAGGUGACGAAGAUAGAUUCAAGACGGAAUUGGAAGCCUCUACUUCCGGGGUGACUGAACAACUCUAUUUAAGACUAACACUACUCAUUUCGAACGAGGAAAGGCCUAAAAAAGGUGGCCUAAAAAUUGCUUGUUCCCAACCUUUUUUCAAAUGGGUAACCGCGCUUAUUGGUUAUCUUCCUUAG